UUCCUUUCCCUGUUCUUUUGUUGUUGUUCCUGUUGUCAGUAGUCAUAUGUAAGGUUAUGUGAGAUAAUAAAGUUUAUUUAUGUUUUUGUUAGUUUUAGAAUGUCAUCUAAUAUAAAAAAAAUUAAGGGUUUAAACAAUAAGAAAUCUGUUAUUAAAAUCUACGACGAUAAAUUAAGUCAGGAACUGGCAGAUAUAAUACAAGAGAUUACUCAUACUGGAGAGAAAACAUUACCACCUACUGAUUUGAAGAAACUUAAAACUAUUUGCAAGCAAUCAGACAAAUAUAUAAAAGAAGCUUAUGAUCUCCUAACCAAACACUUAGAAGAGAAGCAUGCAGAGGUCCGACUAAGCGCCUUUCAAAUAUGUGAUGAAAUAUUCAGACGGUCUCAUUGUUUCCGAGAUCAACUCAUCCUUAAUUUGGAGACAGUAGUGAAACUAACAGCUGGGAAGGACUUGCCACCUCCUGUUCAUGUGGCUCAACAGCUGAAGCGUUUUGCUCUCACUACUAUUCAUGAAUGGAACACAAUAUAUGGAAAGCAAUACAAGAAACUAGCUAUUGGAUUCAACUAUCUACGUCAAGUUGAAAAGAUUGAUUUCACUGCUUUGAACUUAUUGGACACAGCUACCAGUGCAAAACAGCAAGAACUCAAAAGGCGGCAAGAAGCUAUCAAUAGGGAAAGAAUAAAAAAGGUGUUAGUAGAAUUUAAAGAGAAGGAGGCAGAUAUAAUAGCAACACUUACUUCAUUGUCGAACUCCAUCAACCUAUUACUACCUCACCCGGAUGAUUUCUUUAUCACGGAUAAUGAUGACCGAAAUGAUGCUGAGCCUCUGCCAACCACAUCACAUGGUGAGAGCCAGACUGGAGGCGGUGACUCUGAUGACAAUUCGCAAGAUGUGAGCUUUCGGGAAGUUGGAAUGAUCAACACUAAACAUUCUAUACAGCUACACCUCAUGCCUUGUGAGUAAAGUAUCUUCUUACGA